GUUGUUUUGCUUCGCUGUUUUCCUGUUCAGACGCGGCUAGUUCAAGUUGCCAUAGCACAGAGAGGCAGAGUUGCUCUUCUGUUAGUUAGCACAUUCAUAGCGCGAUAGCCGUGUUUUGUCGUAUAACGUAUAUCAAACGCUAUUGGUUUGCUUCGGUUUCUUUUUUCUAGUUUUUAAAUAAUUAUCAAAAGAUUAAACUAGUUGGCUAACGUUUACUUAGCUUGCUAGCUAACACAGUAGUUCCCACUUGUUGCUAGCCAGGGGGAGCAUCAUUCACAACAAUGGCUUUUACUUCAGCUUAUUGUGACGAGGAAAAUUUGUAUGGUUGUUUUGCAGUUCAGAUAGCUUUGUGUAUCCGGGAAUGUUAAAGUAACAAUGACAAAACUACACGUAUUUUUUGCAAUGUCAGAAGUAUCCAAUGCAGAAAAAGUUAACAGUUGCACUUUAUUCGUUAAUCUGAUUAACGUUACACUAACAGGUAGCGUUUUACGCCGACGAAGCCAGAAUUGACCACUGAUCGUCAUAUUUGCGCUGUCAGUCGUGUUUCGUCUGCCCUCCGCUGGAUUUGUCUGAAACUAUGGACACAUCCAGUGAGUCGGAUUCAUGCGACAGGAUACGGGGACACAGGCCUCGGGGGCGUGAAUCCCACCGCAGACCUGGCCGGGACAUGACCAGAGCUAGUGGGAUUGGGAGCGAUGGCCGAGCCGUUGACAUCUCAGCGAAAAUCAGCACCCUUGCCAACACAUUACAGGACACCAGUAGGAACCUGACCAAAGUAGACAGGAUGCUGGGUCAGUACAGGGAGCAUACAGAUGAUCAGGCUGAAGUCAUGGCACUGCUUAAGGAGAACUUAGAGGAAUCAAUCAGUCAACUGCAGUCACAGAGGAUGAGCAGAACCAAUGGGGUUCGUAGCGCCUCUGCCUCUUCACUGCAUUCUAGUGACCUGGAAGGUUGCUCAGGAUCAGAGGGCCAGUGCUCCUAUCCUACCUCUCCUCUAAAGGAGUACCCGGGCACAUCAGGAAAAAAGAGGAGGUCUCAGUCUGCCAGUGUUCGCUUCAAGGACCCCGGCCUGCCAGGAGAGGAUAUCCACACGUUGCGUCAGUCCCUGCGGGAUCUGCACUGUGACCAGCAGAGGCUGUCCGAUGACCUGGACAGAGAGAUCCUCAGGAGAAAUAGGUCUGAUAUCGACACCCGGCGGGCGAUGGAGAGCCUCACAGAGCACAUGACAGCUUCCCAAAGACAGGACUCGGUGUCGUGUCGUGUGCAGCGGCGGCUGCAGGAGCUGGAGAGAGAGAUGCAUGCAGAGGGGGAAAGAAGGCCCGAGCAGCGGGGGGCCGUGUCAGACGAACUGCAGGAGACUUUAAGAAGGCGCCAAGUUCAAAGCCAUGAGAGAGAAGAGGCCACGAUGGCCAGGCUGCUGAGAGCAGAGAGGGAGAAGUCCAAGAUGGAGCAGGAGCUGGAGAGAGCCAGGAGAUUACUGGAGCAGUCUGAAGACAGCAGGGAUUCUCUAGUGCAACAGGUGGAGGAUAUGCGCAGCGAGCUGUUAAGGACAAGGACAGAGAAAACAGGGCUUCAGAGGGCACGACUGGAGAGUCCUCAGCUCAGUGCUCAGCUGCAUGGAAACCACACUGACCAGGAAGGGGCAAGAGAUCGCUCAGACCUGGAGAAGGAAGUGGCCGAGCUGCGAGCUCAGUUGCGCAAGUCUUCAGUCCUCAGUGAGGUUGAAGAACUGAAGAGGGCUCUGGACUGUAAGGAGAAGGAGACACUCCAACUCAGCUUAAAGUUGAAGGAGCUCUCAUCAGACCUGGCGGGGCAGGAGCAGCAGCAGCUACGAAUGCUGGACCAACUGAGAGACAUACAGUCAUCCUUUCAGAGCCGAGGGCAGACAGAGAGGAGAGAGAUGGAAGCGUUACUCCAGGAGAGCACCAGGAGCAGAGACGAACUAAAGACCAGGGCCCAAGACGCUGUGCACAGGUGGAGGGCAAAGUGUAGAAAAAUGGAGAAAGAGCUGGAGGAGGCGAGGUCCACAGCUCAACUUUAUACCGACAAGACCGCGCAGGCAGCCAAGGAAAGGGAAAGCUCACAGGCCCAUCUAAAGGUGCUGAGCCAGCAGACCGAGGCAGCCCGCAGGGAACUCGCUGAAAUCCUGGGUCGUUUGGCCCAGCGUGAAGAGGAACUCCACUGCAAGGACGUGGAACUGUCAGAGACUCGCCAAAAGCAGCUGUUGCUGCGGCAGGAAAUCCAGGAGGUGAAGGAGGCCUCAGCUGCCUUGGAGCAGGAAACUCGGCGUCAGGCCGCCAUCCAUGCAAGACUGAAAGAAGAAAACCAGAAGCUUCAAGAGCAAGCGGACACACAAGCCCGUCGUUGUCAGAGGGACCAGGAUGUGCAGGCUGAGCUCCAGGCCAGCCUUAAGCAGAUGACCACAGCUCAUGCUCAGCUAUCUCAGCGGUUGGCUGAGGAGGAGAGCACCAGGAAGGAGUUGCAGAAGGACGCCUCGGAGUUUAAAGCCAAGCUGACAGCAGUGCAUGAGGAGCGAGCGUCCCUCAGCCAGCAGCUGCAGCUUGAGAGAGAGGUUCACCAGAAGGAGCUGGACAACAUGAGGGCCACAAGAGAAGGCGGCAGGAUGAGGAAGGACCGUGAGGUGCAGGAGAUGCUCAAACUCUACAGUCAAGAGAGAGAUGAAAUGCAGGCAGAACUGCGAGAACUUAAGGCAGAUGCAGCAUCGGACAAGGAUCUGUGUGUGGCGCUACAGAUCAAGUUGGACAGAAUGAAAGAUGAGUGUGACAAGCUGGCAGCACAACUGAGCUCAAAAGAAGAGACUCAUUUACUUCUCCACAGAAAAUACCAGCUACUCAAACAGGAACUGGAAGACAAUGUUAGGUCAGCCGAGCAGAGACGUACAGCUGAGUCGGAGGUGGUCAGCCUGGAGCAGAAGUUGUUGCAGAUGGAAAACGAGCAGGGUGCUGUUCUUACUUCUAUGGGUGAGGAGCUGGAUGCAGCAUGCCGAAGCCUGGCUUGGAACGAAGAAGAUAAACUACAGGCAAUCUCCCAGAGACCUGGAUUAGUGAGAGAUCCACACCACUGGCUAGCUGAGACUAAGACCAAGCUGCGCUGGCUGUGUGAGGAGGUCCGGGAGCGCGGCACAAGAGAACAGCGCCUGAGGAAGCUGUAUCACCAGACCAGGGAUCAGUUAAAGACCAUCAGGCAGAGCCGGGACUCGGAACUGGGGACUCUUCUACAAAGGCUGGACCAGCAGCAGAAGCUGCUGGACUCUCUCAGCAUUGAAAAUAAAGAGCUUUUGGAAAGAAGUCGACGGAAAGAGGAAGAAAUAAGACGCCUUCAGGAUCAGGUACUGGAUCUGGAGACGAACACACGAGUAGCACUGGACCAUUUGAAGUUGAUGCCAGAGAAGAAAUGUUUGAUGGAGAAUUUAAAAGAGUUAGAGGAAUCACAACAGCAGAAGGAGGUUGUAGAGCAGCGCUACACUAAACACAAAGAGACCGUCUGGGACCUGCAGCACCAGCUGGACGAGACCAAGCGCAGAAUCCAAGAGUAUAGAAAGCUGUUUGGAUGAGGACGGUGAGGUUGGAGAGCCAUUUGUGAGCCUUGCCCUCCCACACAGUUACAGAUGAGUGCACAGAGCUAAUCUGAAACUUGCAUGAAUAAAUUAAUCAUUUCACGCAGCAUAAAUGCAUCGUGGUCAAAGUGAUGUGGGCUCAAAUAAAAUCUGGACAUCAGUUGCUGUUAAUUGCUACCAUCAUGUUCUUUGCUACAAAGCAGCCAGGGGAGCCAUCUGAACAUCGGUGUGAUGACAGCUGAAUGUCAUCAGCGGUGUGAAAGCUUCCUAAACAGUCAUACAGCUACUUUUUAUUCAGAUUAGCCUGUUGGUUUGCCAAAUGACUCCCAUGUUGAGUGAUAAGGGGCCAUUGCAUUAGCUUAUUAGCUGUUGCUCAUAAAAAGGUUUAUUUAAAGAAAAUGAAGAGAAGACAGGAUUUUGGGUUACAUGUAAGAUCUGAUCUCUGCCUGAUGAAGCAGCAACUGAAGCCUUAGAGGAUUAUUUCUUCAGUGACGACUGGACAAAUGUGAUGUUCCCGAUCUAACAACGGGAUGAAGGAGAAGUUAUUUGGAUCAAAUGUUUCAAGAAACAGCAGAAGGCUUUCAAGUAGCAUUAGGAUGAUUUGCUGCACGUUUUUCUUAAUUCGAUUUUACUGACAGACACAUUUUGAUCAUUUUGAGGUACUCUUAUCUUUACAUCAUGAUUUCUACCAUUACACACUUUAAUUUACUCAGUUACAUGAUCCACUCAGGUUGGUUUGCAGCAAACUUUGUUCUGCUUUCGGUCACUGUUACUUUAGAUUAGCAGAUGUGGAUUAAUGGAAACGUUUGGUUCAGAUAUUUUUCAUUUUCAAACAUGUUCCAGCGUUUGCUUUGUUGCACAGGUUCUGAAUAAAGUUUUUAUGGUGGAAAAGCUCAACUUUCAUUCAUGUUAUUCAUAAGUAUUUUGUACAGUAGAAGAGGAUUGUUUACAUGCAAAACAUGAAAUAUAAUGUUUUCAUCACACCGGUCCCAGUGUUAUUUUUCUAAUGCUUUUUAAAGUAAAAUACUUUAAAAAGUUUUAAGAUUAAUUAUUAUUAAUAUUGUUAUUAUUAUUAUUGUUUUAUUUUCAAACUCCCUGGUAGUUGAGACAUUGUAGCUCCUAGUUAUUCCUAUUUUGUGGAAAACUUAUAAUAACAGGACCUGGCCUUUUGUUUUACAAGCAUGUUUCAAAGCUUGUGUUUAGUUUCACUUUAAAAUGAGGUAAACUAUCUGAAUGGUGAUCAAAAUAAAAACAAAACUCAUUUUGAGUUAUGUCAUGUUUUUAAAAAGGGAAAAUAUAUUUUUUUAUUAAGAGGCUUAUUAAUAGAGUCACAAGUGGGGAAAAAAGGUGGAAACAUCAGCAUGAAUGUCCUUUGUAGAUGAUGAUGUAGUGAAGAACAGGUUCCACUGAAGAUUUCACCAAGAAAGGACGACAUGAUUUUAAUCCUGACUAGCUUUUUGGUCGCUUAUUAAUCAGACGCAUAUGCUUGCAUUGGUCUGGUGGGAGGGGCUUAGGACAGAGCAUCCUGAUGAACUGCUUCAGUAUACAUGCUGUCAUCCUCAGCUUUCAUAAAUUUCAUAUUUACUAAACAAUCAUCUUCUCUAUACUUUUGGCUGUUUUUUUUCUAGUUGAUAUAAAUCUUUGGUGUCCUUGAUUU